UUCGGUAACUGCAGCGGUAAACACGGAAGCGCUGCUUCAAGGACCGCGUUCCUCAGACCUUUCUGCCCGCGGUGCAGCUCGGUUUAACGGCUCGGGGUGUCGCCCAGACGGUGAACGGCAUGGCGGGCUCUCAGCAUUGGACUGCGGCCCUGACGACGGUUCUGGCCGCAUUGAUAUUUCAGGCAAACGGCGGCUCCUUCAGCCUGAGGAGAGUCAGACACGCAAAGGUUUUGGGUUUUGACUGGAAGAACUGCGGAAGUCCUGAAGCUCCGGCAGUACUAAAGACCCUUACCCUAUCUCCAGACCCCAUCAAGAUCCCAGGGUCACUGACAGCUGCGGCAUCUGGAUCCACUUUGGUUGAACUCAUCGCCCCUCUCUCUCUGAAUGUGACUUUGGAGAAGGAGGUUGCAGGUUUCUGGGUGAAGGUCCCCUGCCUGGAGGAGCUGGGCAGUUGUCACUAUAAGGACGCCUGCGACCUCCUGAACCAGCUGAUUCCACCGGGACAGGACUGUCCUGAACCGCUGCACACCUACGGCCUACCCUGCCGCUGUCCCUUCAAAGCUGGCUCGUACUCGCUGCCUCAGUCCGAGUUCUACCUGCCCUACAUGGACCUGCCUUACUGGCUCACCAACGGGAACUACAGGGUCCAGGGCAACCUGGGUGGUGGGGGAAAAGAGCUGGGCUGCCUAAAACUGUCCCUGUCCAUUCACUCCGACUGAGGACGCAUCGCAGAACAACUUCAGUUUUAUAGUGUUUUCAACGUUUGAUCUUUGUUUGAUUUACAUUUCAGCACCUCAGUUUCUCCACACCAGGAGAAUCAGACACUGAAAGGUAGAUCAGGUACUAAUAAUGCUUUUCAUUUUAACAUGUUCAUGAGUUUUAACACUGGAAUCUCUUUGUACAUGCUGACUGUUUUAUUUUCUUAUUUCUAC